AUGCUAGGUCGCAUGAUCAAAACGAACGCCCGCUACUUCGCUGGCGCCAGUGCUGUGACACUAGGUCUUGCUGCCUCGACAAUGACUCAAACCAAGCCUGCCGAAAGCUCAAAUUCGACAUCAGAGGUUCUAUUGGAUAUCUCGAGUCGUCUUAAAAACAUUGAACGCGAUCUGGGCAUCAACAGUAGUAUUACGGCUACUUCCAAGUCAAAGUACAACAACUACCCCGUGCUUACUCCUAAGCACAAGAGCCUUAUGGCAAAGCAUUUGUCACCCGAGAUCUACGACAAGCUUAAAGAUCGCAAAACGGCUAGUGGCUACACCAUUGACCAAGCCAUCCAAACUGGCAUUGACACUCCGCACCUCGGUGUGGGUGUUGUAGCUGGCGAUGAAGAGUCGUAUCAAACUUUUAAGGAGCUGAUGGACCUUGUGAUUGAAGGCUGGCACGGCUACAAGCCUACGGAUACACACAAAACGGACAUUGAUCCGUCUAAAAUUCGAAAUGGCAAAAUUCCUGACAGUUACGUAAUCUCAACGCGUAUUCGUGCAGGUCGUAGCGUCCGUGGUUUGGCCUUGCCGCCUGGAACAUCGCGCGGUGAACGACGUGAGGUCGAGCGCGUAUUGUCAAAGGCUUUAAGCAACUUAAGAAACGAUCUGGCUGGCAAGUAUUAUCCGCUGAGUAAAAUGACCAAGGAGGAAGAGCAACAGCUCAUUGAUGACCAUUUUCUAUUUCAAAAGCCAGGCGGUGGUACCUUGCUAACUAAUGCUGGUGCUGCUCGUGACUGGCCUGAUGGUCGAGGUAUCUUUCACAACAACAACAAGACGUUUUUAGUUUGGGUGAAUGAAGAAGACCACAUGCGAGUCAUCGCUAUGCAGAAUGGUGGCAACAUCCAAGAGGUCUUUGAUCGUUUUAGUCGUGGUGUUGCAGAUGUCGAGAAGGUUGUCAAGGGCGAAGGGCGUGAGUACAUGUACGACAACCACCUUGGGUUUGUGUGCACGUGCCCAUCCAACCUGGGCACGGGACUGCGUGCAAGUGUCAUGAUCAAGUUCCCACAACUAUCAAAAGAUUCGGAGCGUUUCUACAGCUUGUGCACUGCUUUGGGGCUGCAAGCUCGUGGAUCCAAAGGUGAGCACUCGCCUCCUGGUCCCGGAGGCGUCUAUGAUGUCUCAAACAAAGCCCGUAUUGGGUAUUCGGAAGUUGAACUGGUGCAAACCAUGAUUGAUGGCAUCUGGAAGCUCAUUGAGCUCGAAGAAGACCUGAAAAAGGGCCGUUCAAUUGACAAGAAAGUCGCCGAUAUCAUGAAAUCACAUGGCGUAUAA